CACACACAUACACAUACACAUACACAUACACACACACAUACACAUACACAUACAUUCAUUCAUUUCAUGCAACUCUUGUAAACAUCUGCUACCCGCCUCUACCCGCCCAAAAGUCAAAAUACGCCACACACACGCACUCACACUCAACACACGCAAACGGACAAGGUGAUUUUAGAAUUUUGACACUAGUCGUGUUCUUUUGUUCUUGUCUUUUGUUGAGGGGUGUCCAUGUAGAGAGAUUGGGCAUUGGGGUAUUUUUGGACAGACAACUAGGAACGAGCAAGCGACAAACGACAAACGAGAGAGCACACACGGACUCCCCCCCUUUUUUGCUGUAAACACACUGCAUCCGUCGUCGUAACCUUUGGUGCGCCAAAAGCGACUUUAUUGUUCGCCUCAUUCUGGGCAAACAACACCACCAUACACACAAAUGCACGUCGUUACAGAACCCUACUACGCUCCGCAUCUCUCGUCUCAAACCUCCUCAGUCUAUUCCCCUCCAGAACGCUCGGAAAAGUAUUUUCCUUUGGAUCGCUAUUCAUUGUCUUCUUCUUCUUCUUCUACUACUGGUACUACUACUAUUGCUGCUCCUACUGUUGCUAGUUCGAGUGCUGCUGCUCUUGUUGCAGGUGGAGGUGCGGGUGCUCUAGCGGGUGCUCAGCCAAGGGCAAGAGUCUUUCACGUUGGUGUGGGUGGUGCUCCGUUUUCGGGAUCGGCCCUGUCAUCAUCAUCGUUGGUGGGUCAUUCCGCCACGUCACUGGCGUCCUUGGCGCAACAAGGAUCCUCUCUGAUCCCUCCGUCGCUCUAUUCUCACCACCACCACCAACAACAACAACAGCAACAAGCAUCGUCCUUUUCGUCCCAGUCGUCCCAGUCGUCCUUGGCAUUGUCACUCGGUGUGCCGUCACUCGGUGGUUCCUCGUACGGCGCUUCCUCUUUGAAUCACCACCACCACCACCACCACCACCAUACGGCAGGUUACGCUCAAGCCACUACCUCAUUACCCGUCGCUCCACAGCCGCAUUACCCGCAUCAACGCUCUUUGCGAUUCUCUGCUCCCGCUGCUCCUCCGCGCAUACCGCCCAUUCCUUCCGUUGCAGACUUUGAAAUGGCGUCCAUUCCGUCGGCCGUCCAACGACGCGAUGGCCGUGGAGAUCCCCGCGGAGGUACUUCCGGCGGACCAUCGGGCGGGCAUCGCGGCUACGCUCCUGCUGCUGGGGCUCCUGCUACUGCUACUGCUGCUGCUGUUGGAUCAUCUACCUCUUUUGCACAAAAUCAUGCAGCAGUGAAAAUAGCGUCUGGAGCAGGACGCACGGCGGGAUCCCAUACCGCAGCAGGCUACGAUGCAUACCCGUCCCACAUUGCCAGUGUCAACACUACUAAUAAAACCUCGGGACUAGAGCGUAAAAGUCCCUCUGGGCGGCCCAGAGGGAAAUCCAACAUGGACCUGAUGGCAGACUCGCUUGCCUCUAUGAAUAUGCUGGAUACGCCCCCGUCAACAUUAAAUUCCAUGGCAAACACACCAACGAGCCUACUCUAUAGCAAUACGAGCCAUCAUACAGGCCAUUAUACCAAUCAUGUUGGCGGUGGUGCCGGGGGUCCCGGAGGUGCCGGAGCUGCAGGUCCAUACAAGCAAAAACAACAACAGCAGCAACAGCAACAGCAGCAGCAGCAGCAACAGCAACAGCAACAACAUCUCGACUCUCCACUCCAAUCGAGCACCAGCACGUCCUCGGGUGGCUCACCCGGCUCGGUCCGUAAAGUCAUGAACCGGUCCCUCUUGCCCGUUCCAAAGUCUCCCAUCUCGCCCUCUGGAAAAUAUGCUAGUGAAUCCCAUCAUCGGGGAGAUGGGCGACGCUCUACGGGCUCGCUGUCUAAAACAAACAUGGAGCAUCCUUCCAAGCAGCAUGUCCGGUCUCGAAUCGAGUCACAGUCGCCAUACACGUCCUCUUCGUACGCCAUACCUGAGGGUGGUUUCGCAGAUCAUGCAUCAUCUCGAACAAGGCCACCCGUUGCUGCAACUCUUGCUACUACCUCUAGUACUGCCCAGGCUGCUAUACCUGUAAAGGUUGAUGUGAAACCAAAAUACCAUAAUGAACCUCCAUCCAAACCGCGCGUUCCAUCCAAAGACGCAGCCUACCGCAACCCCGACGCGCGUCGCAGCCAACAACCACAGCAAAAGCAGCAACAGCAGCAGCAGCAGCAACAACAACAACCAUCGCAACCACGACCACAACUAGCACCACCGUCACCACAACAGCAACAGCAACAGCAGCAGCAGCAGCAGCAACGGCCCAUUAGCGCGCGCAUCCCCACUUCUACCCUCCGAGACCUCAAACUCCCGCUCUCCCCCGAAGCCACCAUUAUAUACUAUAAUGAUCUACUCACCCCCUAUGAGCAGCGAGAAAUCUACGAGUUUAAAGAAAUUUAUUUUGCGGGUGCUGCGAGUAUAUUGAAAAUUGGAGGAACGAAACGCAAGACGGGUGCUGAUUUGGCAGAGACGUGUAAUGCAGCUGGAACGGCAAAGGAUGAUGACAAGAGUGUUUACAAUAGUGGCUAUGACGACUCUCGCGGCGACUAUUACCUUACCAAACACGAUCACGUUGGGUACCGCUACGAGAUCCUGUCACUCCUUGGCAAAGGUUCAUUCGGCCAAGUCGUCAAAUGCUACGACCACAAGACCAAAUCCAACGUUGCCUUGAAAAUCAUCCGCAACAAAAAACGCUUUGAAAAGCAAGGAGCCGUCGAAGUCAAAGUUCUUGAACGCCUUAAAAUGGAAGACGCAGACGAUAGCCACUCGAUCGUCCACAUGGUUGACAGUUUUCUCUUUCGUGGCCACUUGUGUAUCACGUUUGAGUUGUUGGGAAUGAACCUUUACGAAUGGCUGAAAGCAGGUGGAUUCCGUGGCGUCCAUUUGGGUGUGAUUAAAUCCUUUACGGUCCAGAUGCUCCAUUGUUUGGAUCUUUUAUCGAGAUCGAGGAUUGUGCAUUGUGAUUUGAAACCAGAGAAUAUCUUGUUGCAGGAUCCGAGUGUGACGCAUCCGUCGCGGGUGGAUGGGAAUGCGCCGAAUGCUGUGAAUAAUGCUAUGAGUGGGGAUACAGUCGGGUAUCGCAUCAAAGUAAUUGAUUUUGGGAGUAGUUGUUUUGAGGAUGAGAAAAUCUAUACCUAUGUUCAGAGUCGGUUUUAUCGGAGUCCUGAAGUGAUUUUGGGCAUAUCCUACAACGCCUCCAUCGACAUGUGGUCCCUGGGCUGCAUCCUAACCGAACUCUACACCGGCUACCCCCUCUUCCCCGGCGAAAACGAAACCGAACAACUCGCCUGCAUCAUGGAACUCAAGGGCCUCCCACCGGUAACCCUCCUAGACCGCUCCACCCGCCGCAAAAACUUUUUUGAUGGCCCCCACCCUCGCAUCGUACCCAACUCCAAAGGCAAAAAACGACGCCCAGAUUCCAAAUCCCUGAGUUCCGUCUUGAGAGCUGACCCCCUUUUUGUGGAUUUUGUCAACAAGUGUUUGGAAUGGGAUCCUGUUAAACGGAUGCGUCCUUCUGAUGCCCUUUUACAUGAGUGGAUUACUGGGCGCCGAUCGGAACGGUCUGAAUUAUGGUCUGAACGAUGGGGAUAUGACAAACCCACUACUACUACCACCACCACUACAACUACCACUACAACGACACUCUCAUCCGUCCCCCAUCUCUCCUCGCAUCACCAACAACAACAGCAGCAGAGAGGUUUACCCCCUAUUGACCGCUACGCCAAACCGUUUCGUCCUAUCCCUGCUCAGACUUUUAGUACGUAUACGCAUCCGAAUGGGGCUGGACGUGGGAAUGGACGUAAGAGAGGGACGAGUGGGAGUGUUCAGAAGUGGAAGGGGUGAUGCUGAUGCAAGUGGUUAUUGUAUAUGUAGGCUUUUUUUUUUUUCGGGUGGUUAUUUUUUGGGGGUGUUUGGGAUAAUAUAAUGGUUGUGUUUUGCGUCUUUUGAA